AUGACAAGCAAAUCUGACGGAAUGCAGAUCAAUGACAAUUACGCAGACCAGAAGACGGCAACUCUGGUAGACGUGGUGGUAGCACCUUGCAGAUUUGACGAGCAGCCGGGAUACAAUCAAGCUGGUAUUUGGUUGAAAGCUUUGUCGAGGGGCCGAGAAUUUGCUGCCACGAGAUGGAAGUCUGGGUUGACUGGAGGCGAUCUUUCUUUUAAGGAGGAUUGGAAAAUUGAUCACGAUUUGUAA